CUCGCACUUGCUAAGGAGACACGGGAAGUUCCCUGGCGUAUCAUUCCCGCAGUUAAACCACAAACAUGAAGAAAUUAAAGCUUAAAGAGCUGGAAAGCUGUCUUCAACAAGUUGAUACUUUUGAAAGUCCAAAGCUUCUCCUUGAACAGUAUGCAACAAGACCUCAUAUUGCAGCAUGUAUGCUUUAUACAAUUCACAAUACUUUUGAUGAUAUUGAAAACAAAACAAUUGCAGAUCUAGGAUGUGGUUGUGGCAUGCUCAGCAUUGGAAGUGCAAUGUUAGGAGCAGGAUUCUGUGUGGGGCUUGACAUAGAUGCAGAUGCACUGGAAAUAUUUAAUAACAACAUUGAAGACUUUGAGCUCACGAAUGUCAACAUGGUUCAGUGUGACGUCUGUUCUUUAUCUGAUAGCAUGUCAGAUACUUUUGACACAGUUAUUAUGAACCCUCCAUUUGGUACCAAGCAUAACAAAGGAAUUGAUAUGAUUUUUCUGAAAACCGCUCUACAAAUGGCAAAAACAGCUGUAUAUUCCCUUCACAAAACUUCAACACGGCAGCACAUUCAAAAGAAAGCAGCAGAAUGGGAAGUGAAGAUGGAAGUCUUAGCAGAACUUAGGUUUGAUUUACCAGCAUCAUACAAGUUCCAUAAGAAGAAAUCACUGCAGCUCGGACUUGGAGUGAAUGAAGUGCUGAAUGAAGGCCACACAAACAAGGAUGUUACAGCAGUAGCAUUAUUUCAGAGCCAGCCUGGGGGCAGCAGGAAGAACUCAUGCACUUCAUCCCACUGUUAAAAGAUACAGUCAAAACACUACAAUAU